UGCACGAGAAAUGCAAGCCCGAGGGCUUGUACAUGAGGUUCUUCGGUUACAAAAAAUGCAUUUGAAGGAUAAAUCUUGAGUUCUUUGGUUAUCUCUAGGGAAUAGGAAUACUAAAUUUUUUCACUCUAUUGUGAAAUUCAAAAAGCUUCAUCAAUCUUUGGCAUCAGUUUGUGUGGGUUUCAUGUAUUGGAUGAUCUGGUCUCUAUACAAGAUCACAUCGUGACAUAUUCGAACUGGAUUGGUGUGGCUGGGUUUUAAAAAGGUGCCUUUGGGAAAAAGGUCUCAUCAUAUUCAACCAAGUUCUACUCGAAAACUUUGGAUUAUAGUGGCUUGUACUUUUAUUGGGGACUUUGGUUUCUUUGCAAUCAAAUUCGAUUUGAGGGCAAGUCUACUUUCCUGGAUUAUGCGUGGCUAGCUACUCGGUUUCGUGACUUGGCUCUAGUGUGUUUUUCAAGUGGUAGCUCAUCCUCUUCAGUGUUGCCUAUUUUCUCAAUAUGGGUAUCUCGCUGUUUCUAUUGUGGCUCCAUCCUUUAUUCUAGUCAUCUGGAGGUUGCUGAUGGUUGGGUGGCUCAAGGGUAACAUCAAUGGAUCUUGUGCCAAUGAACGUGUUGGAUUUUGGGGGAUUUUUUCGCUCAUUGAAAGCUCCGGUGCAUCAGAUGCAGCAGUAUUAUAGACUUGGGUCACUUGAUAACUGUUCUGGGAAAUGGACUUCUCUGGUUGAUUGCUUGGUUUUGAAGACGAAGCGGUCAUCUGAAGUGCAGGAAAUUUUGGAAACUCGGGAGAAAGGCAAGUCUCAUGUCUGGACUUUUCGAACUCCAGAAGAAGCAUCAGUUAACUGGAAAGAACAAUUUGGAGAUUUAGAUGAAGUGGAAUGACUGAGAUUCAGUCCAGCAUUCGUCGAACUUUUUCCCCACAAUCGGCGAGAGAUCUGCGCGUUCCUGUAGAAUUUUGUUUAUUUUUGUCAGGAAACUCAAAUGGUUAAUUUGAAGACACAAACGGGACGCAGAUAAACAUUUUUGAUCUUUGGUAGCAAUAAUAUCAAAUAUUGUUUCAGUACGUAGAAAGAGAGUAAUGCCAAAGAUAUCAUAUUAUCUGAU